AUGCUUUCUAGUUAUUUUAAACAAUUAUACGAAGACUUAAAGAAGGAAAAAAAAAAAAGAUCCACAUCUUACCCGACUUAUAAUCAAAACCUAAACAGCUAUCAACCAUACCCUGCCCCUACUGACAGCUAUCAACCGUACUCCAAUGACAGCUAUCAAUCAUAUACUAUGAAAAAUUUGACGUAUACAACAUAUGGGAUGCCUUUUUUUAUGGAUCCAGAAAGUUUUCUUCCUAGUGAUACUAUUCAGAUGACAACUCUGGUUUCCAACACGGAAUGA